AUGGUGAAGGAGACGAUGACGUCGUCGGCGACGAAGACGUGUUCACACUGUGGUCACAAUGGCCAUAACGCAAGGACUUGUCUUAACGGCGUUAACAAGGGUUCCGUUAAACUGUUCGGCGUUAACAUAUCUUCUGAUCCGAUUAGACCUCCGGAGGUAACGGCGUUAAGAAAGAGUCUCAGUUUAGGAAAUCUUGAUUCUCUUCUCGCUGACGAUAACAGUAACGGUAACGGUGAUCCUCUCGCCGCCGUUGAAGAUCCCGGUUAUCAUUCCGAUGGUCAGAUUAAUUCUAAAAAGGGUAAAGCCGCUCAUGACAAGAAAAAGGGGAAGCCAUGGACGGAAGAAGAACAUCGGAUUUUCUUAAUCGGAUUAAAGAAACUAGGAAAAGGAGAUUGGAGAGGAAUCGCAAAAAAUUUCGUGACGACAAGAACACCAACGCAAGUCGCAAGUCAUGCACAGAAAUAUUUCAUUAGGUUAAAUGCUAAUGACAAGAGAAAACGACGUGCUAGUCUCUUUGACAUCUCUCUCGAAGAUCAGAAGGAGAAACAGAAGAUCAUUCAAGUAGAUGCAUCAACAUCCUCAUCUUCAUCGAAGACUCUAUCUAAACAAGUACCAGUAACCGGAUCUCAAGAACCGUUACAAGGUUUUGGACCGGUACCAAUAACCGGAUCUCAAGCCGAGAUAUCGAACCGGUUUCGGAAUCUAUCAAUGGAGUACAUGCCAAUCUACCACCAACCCGUACCACCUUACUACAAUUUUCCAUCUCUUAUGUUCCAUCCAAUGUACUACGCCAGUCCUGAACAGGUUAAAUUUAUUCACCCCUCUGGUAUACCUGUACCAAGGCAUAUACCGAUCGGUAUGCCUCAAUAUCAGCCAAAUGAAGCUCAUUCUAAUAUGACAAAGCAAGACGGUUUGGAACUUGAUAUCGGUUUGCCUCAACCAUCUCAUCCUCCUCCACAAGCUACAGGAGCAACAGAUUUGACUGCUCAUGGAGUCAUUCAUGUGAAAUGA